AUGGCAGUUCGCGCGCUUGCUGUUAUGUUGAGUGUGGGACACCUUGUGCAGGGUGACAUGUACCUCAACAGCCCACGCGGAUCAAACAACAAGUUGCGUGAGCAGAGCAACAACGUUCAAAACGCCAAUCGCUUGUUCGAUUCGCAGAACAAUGCCGCGUCCGGGUACCAGAUUGGCGACGAUUGCAAACCGGCAUGCAAGGAUGAGAACAACAACUACGACGUGACCAAAGAGGGUGCGACCAAAGGGACGAUGAAAUUUUACCAAGGUUCAGAACUUUAUAUCGAUUGGUUCGUGCAGCAUGGUUGCGGCGUUGGUCAUCCGAAUCUGCGCUGCCAGAUCACCCUGCAGUACAUGACCGAGUCGGACAACCCCAAUCUCCGCGAUGGGACCGACCAGGAUUCCGCUGGCGGUGACGACGAGGAUCCCACUGAUGAGGAAACAGCCGAGGUGGCCAGGGGUUACCAUGAGCCUUUGGAGUACUACCAGGCCUGCUACGAGCGUGAACGCAACAAGGGCCUCUUCACGUCCGACCAACAGAUUGAGGAGAAUGGCGGCGCCACGUCAACCAGGCAGAACCCCAACGGCAAUGGCCGCCGACGCGGCAACCAGCGCCAUGGCUUGGAGUGCCCAGAGGAGAGGGAUUAUUAUCCCUACUGGCACCCCACGCCUUGGCACGACAUCGCCAUUUUCACGGAUGAGCCUCAAGAGCGUUGCGAGUACUACCGUGCAGAGUCGCAGAACGUCAAGGAGAAGGGCAGGUGCUCCAUUAACCAGUACAACAACCCAGACGCUUGCACUGGCAAUGGUGGGGAGUGGACUUUGGAGCCCGCCUUCAACGAACCCCCUCCUGAGUGCUGGGGUGGCAUUUCCAGCCGCGACAACCACAACGGCAACGUGCGAAAUGGACACCCGGACUACUACUUGUGGAAGAUUCCGGAACACAUCAAAGGACGAGUUGUCCUCCGCAUUCGCUACAACAUCACCACGGGUGACUUCACGCUGGGCUCCCUGGCGAACCCUACGGAGGAAGGCACUUCCCUCUCCGGGAUCAAAGCAGACCCUUUCUUCAUGGAUCGCAGCUUCAACGACCCCAAUCCAAACAAUCGAAGGCGGCGAACCUUCACGGGUCGGCCAGCAGUUCCCGUGCCUCUAACUCAGGAUCCAGUUGCGGAUUGGCUUGGUUUGGGCGAGGGCUCCACGGACACCAGUCGAUUGCUCCAGUUGCAGGUGAACACCAAUCAGUAUGGGCGUACCUUCGAAGAUCGGACGCACACCUUCCUGGUGAUGGAACGACCCGCGGAUGUUCCCGCCGAUCGACGCAUUGUGAACUACAACGUCCGUGGCCGACGCGGCAACAUUGUUCAAGUGUACCCCUCCGUGGAAUACGAUUUCGUGCCGCAGGACCUGGUGGUGGAGCAGGGUACCUUCUUGCACUUCCAAUGGACCGGUUCGGACGCCAACAACAACGGCAAUGCUGGCAAUGGCCGGGCAGGGACAGAUCGCUCCAACUUGGUCCAGGUGAAGUCCCGGUCGGAAACCGUCCCGUUGCCCAUUGACCAGCACACGCUGCUGUUCGACGCCAGCGCCAACCCCAAUGACCCGGAAGGGCGCAGACUUGUGGACAAGUUUGCUUUUUUGGACCAGGACUCCAUUGUGACUUGCGACCCGGAGACGAACGACCAGAAUUCGGAGACGAACUGCAAACAGCUCAACGGAGCUUCUGCCUACUUCGAUGGAGGUUUGGUGGAGAUGAAGCAUGUUGGCGACCACCACAUUGCUAGCACCAGGAACAAUGAUUUUACCAACAGGUCUCACAAGGCAUCCAUCAAGGUCACAGGCCUUCAGCUCGAGCUCUAUGAGAACAUUGCCUUGGGCGUUGGUGCCUUCUGCGGCUUGAUCCUGGUGAUCUACGUGAUAGCAGCCCUUUAUGCCUGUAGGCGUCCUGGCAGUUGGUUGUUCUCCCGGAGGUAUCGUCCACGGCUUCUCAACCUUUUCCUGUCGAGACGUGCAAUGGACAGCCUGGUGGAGGAGCGGCGCCAAAUUGUGGCCCAGCAGCGGCAUGAAUGGGCAAAGAAGGCCAAUGCGCAUGCUGUAGACGAGGAGGGAGCUGUGGACUCCGCUGACGUGGCCUUGCCUGAGGAGACGCUCACAUGGUUUCAGGCCAUCAACCGUUGCUUCCGCCGAUGCGGCAUCGGUGAGCAGCGGCUCACCACUCUCAUGUAUGCAGUGCUGAACAUUUUGGUCUUCGUGAUCGGUUUCCUCUCCAACUUGCAUGGCGGCUUCCACGAGUCCUGGGCCUAUCCCAUCGCCAAGGGUGGCGGCUAUAGCAUGGACCUGAACUUUGCCAUGCUGAUUCUGCCCACCCUGAAGAGCCUGCAGACCACCAUGCGCCGUGUGAGCUCCUCUCGCGAGUGGAUUCCAAUUGAUGACCCCAUUGCUUUCCACAUCGUGAUUGCCAGCUACACCAUGCUCGGUGCAGCCAUCCACAUUGCCGGGCACUGUGUGCACAUCUAUUUGAUCAAGACGGCGCCCACGAUCCAGCUUGACCCGCUUGAGUUGUGGAAGCUGAGUGCCGAGGAGAAGGCAAGUGGCAUGACAUUGCUGCAGCAGCUCCUCAACUUUCAGAACCGUUGCGCGGCCUUGACAGGCAUCAUCCUGACCUUCCUCAUGUUGGCCAUAUUGUUGACGGCCGUGCCGUGCGCCCGGCGAGGAACCAACUGCGUCACUCGCCGAUUGGGUGGUUUCAACUUGUUCUGGCGCGUGCACAUGACUUGGAAGUUCAUCUACGUGCUUUUGCUGCUUCAUGCGCCUCAGCGACUUUGGAUUUGGUUCUUCUUCCCGGCCAUCUUCGUGCUUGUGGACCGGCUGUUGCUCUCCAACCACCAGGCCCUGAACUUGGCACUGAAGAGUGUAAAGCUGCUUCCACGUGACGUCAUUGGCCUCACCUUUGAAGUUCCUCAAGGUUUUGUGUACCAGGCUGGCCAGUACAUCCUCCUUGGUUGGAAGGGCGAGUGGCAUCCCUUUACUUUGACAUCAGCCCCUGAGGAGAAUUGCAUUUCGGUGCACAUCCGCUCUCCAAACAACCUGGACUGGUGCUCCGCAUUGCGCCGGCGCCUCACUGAAGAGGCCCCAGCACAGGCAGUGGGUAGUGAACCCACCCGAGCAAAGGCUCCCAUGCUGCUGGAGUACAGCAAGCACGUGCUCCCCAACAGCCAGGUGGUCUACAACAUGCCCAAGGUUUGCAGCCCCAAUGGUGCUAAGGAGGUUGAAGGUGACGAGUCGAAAGCCAAACUCGAAGGUCCACGCCUACUGGGACGCAGCCCCUCUGGAAAGGUUGUGCAGCCACCGGCUCGCUCCGGAGAGACGCUGAUCAGCAAUGCCGCUCCAGGAAUGCUCCCGGAUGAGGCAGUAGUGUUGCAGGUCACUGGACCUUUUGGUGCCCCUGCGCAGAAGGUUUGGGGCUUCGACGUGCUGAUGGUGGUGGGAGCCGGCAUUGGGGUCACACCCUUCGCCUCCAUCCUGCGCUCUGUGCAGCUGCGUGCCAAGCAGCGCGAGACCAUCAUGAACGCAGCCACGAAGCCUUCAGCUUGGCGCUCGGUGAUGGCCAACAGCCCCGGAACUGCGCCAGUUGAGGACACAAGGGCAGGGUUGGAGAAGCUGGUGGACGACCUGGUCGUGGUGCCCAAGAAGAUCUACUUCUAUUGGAUUUGCCGUGGCCAAGAAGAGUUUGACUGGUUCUGCGACCUUCUGACAGCAGCCGCAGAGGGCCCAGCCAUGGGCAUCGUGGAGAUCACGCUUUUCCUCACUGGGGAGAUCGAGCUGUCCCAAGUCAAGAAGCUGCCUUGCGCUGCCGGGCAGUUUUUUGGCCGCCCCAACUGGGGCCGUAUCUUCAAGCAGAAUCGUGAGAAGCACCAGGGUGAGCACAUCGGCGUCUUCCUGUGCGGUUCCCCAGUGAUCGGCGAGCAGCUUUCCCACCAGAGCAUCAAGAAUUCGGACCUGGUUGGCACCCCGGGCGGAACCCGCUUCUCCUUCUUCAAGGAGCACUUCUGA